AUGCCCACAAAGAGUAAAUUCACCUAUAAGCCAAUGGAAAAGAACUCGUCCAUUAACGUCAAGGACCUUGUCGAUGACAUGGAUAACUCGUCCAUAAACAUCUUCAAGAUGUACCAGCGGAAGCACUAUUUGCCCUACAAUAAGCGGAUCUCCAACAUGGCCUGGCGGAUCCAAAACCGCAAAGUUUUGAGUUCUCGUAGACCAUCUGAUCCCACUUGCGAAGACUUCGACUACGUGGCGCACAUCCGUCGAAUUGGCCAGCGCGACGAGUUUGCUACCACCGGUGCCCGCCCCAUCAACCCGUCUCCUCCCAGCCUUUCCUACCCCCAUGGCGGAUCCAACCAUGGCGGGUCGAUUCUCAGCACCAGCGCCGGGUCCGCAGGCACCGUGUCGGCGGCCCCACCAUUCAAGAACAGCCCACCCGAGUCGCUCAAGUCCAACCGCAACUUUUUGUCGUCCUACAUCAAUUCGCUCGAAAGCUCGUUGAAAAAUGACUAUAAACUCAACGACUUUGACACCGCCAGUAGCGCGUUCCCGGCCGCUGGCCCCUCCACCACCUCCAACAGCUUCCAGAGCAUCACGCCACCCAAGAGCGUGGGGUCGAAGAAGUCACCUGGUGAAGAGGUGGCCUUUGGCGGCCCUAAAAAGCUUCUUCAGUGCUCUAAUUGCCAAACCAAAACCACCCCGCUCUGGCGUAAGUCCAACAACGGCGACUUGUUGUGCAAUGCCUGCGGGCUUUUUUACAAGUUGCACGGGGUGUUGCGGCCGUUGAAUACCAACUCCAAGCAGAGCCCCAAUCAACCGAUACACCCACAGCAGCACUCAAAUUUAUACAACACCCUUCAUGGAAACGCCGCCAAGGGACCACCUCCCCAGGCCCAGCAGGUGCCGCCCACCACCAAUGCGGGAAACUUGCAUUCGUUCUCGGCCUCCAAUCCUUUUGGCAACACCCUCAUGAACCCUUCGCAAGGCUUCAAUCACUUUAAUGACGAUCACUUAUCCCAGUCGCUCCCAUCAUUCCGUAACGAUUCGGUGAUUCUGAACACAAACACCAAUCUUUUCAACGACUUGAACUUGAAUCCGGACAUGGAUCUUGAUAAGGACGACGAAAUAGACCGGUUGCUCAACAUGAACUUGUUUCAAACAGACAACUUUACAAUAGGCCUCGACAAGGACGGGGCCAGAAAGCCAGAGGUGUUGGAGAUGCAUGACGAGAUUAUGACUGAUCCCCACGACAAGCAGUGGAACUGGUUGGACUUUGGUCCCACCACAUAGGCUUAUAAAGGCUUACGAUUAACGAAUGUAGCAUAUUUAGGGUAUUUAUUAUAUGAAGAGACGACGUUUGAUA